UGCGUGGGCGGAAUGAGAAUUCAGAAGGAAGAACUACUGUUGAACUAAGAGGGUAAGAUCAGACGAUGAAGACGACGGCCGCGGCGGCAGAGCUGCAGAUGGAGGAAGAGAUCAGAGAGGCGAGCGAAAGGUGCAAGAGAGUGAUAGAGAGAGUCGCAAGACUACCCGCCAGCACAAACAUCACCGAUUCCUGCCGACGGACUCUUCUGAAACUAGCCAACUCAGAACUCAACUUCCUCUCUCGCUCCUCGGCUAGUCUCGCUACGUCCCCUAAUCCACCGCUCAGCGUUAACAUUGGACACAUAGAAGCCGUGGUUUACAUUCUUGAGCAGCCUUUCGUUACUGGAGUUUCAAGGGUUUGCAAGAGAGUCUCUCUGUUACCAAUUGGAAUUAGGAAUGGGAAUCACGAGGAUGAAACUGAUUGUGGUUCGUCAAUAUCUUCUAGUGUACAUGUUGAUAUAGUCUGCACGCUCAAUAAAAGACCUGUGUGGAUCGUUGUCUCGGAUAGGAACCCUAUGUAUGUGUAUUGGCAUGGCUACCGCAAAGGUAAAGGCUUGAAAUUGAGGAUUGAACAAGUCAUUGCUGCAGCUCGGUCUACUGAGAUGAUGAGGCCUCUGUCAAUUAUCCUCUUCUUCCCUCGUGGAGUUGGCGAUUCUGUCCGCCAGAAACUUCAGGAUGAGUUUGGGGCUUCUAAGUUUGAGUUUCAGUUGUCUGGAUUUUAUUCUCAUUUCAGUGAAGAGGUAGUAGAGGGUGGGUGGAUAAAUGUGUUGACGGGAUCGUAUCGUGAAGCAUCUAUCUUCGAGAUAAAGCUGGACACUGAUGCUGUUGGAGUUCCAAGAUCAGGAUCUGGACUUAGUGCAUAUACAGUUUCGGAUAAUCAAGAUCGGAGUCUGAAACUAAACACAGACGAUACCUUUUGUUCGAUUGUCUCAGGAAUGAGAACAUGGCCUCCAGAAACUAGGGCUAAGGAUUUGUCUGAUCCUGAGGUUUUGCAAGGCAUUGAUGAGCUUUUGAAUUUUGGUACUACAGCACUGGUUGCUAUUGUCUCUGGAAUAAGCAAUGGGUGUGCAGAGAAGCUUUUGGCUGCGCCAGAAUGUGAAUUGCAACAGCAGUUUAAGGGGAACACCGAGUUCGUGAUUGGACAGGUUAUGUCUGAAAUCGAGAAUCCAUUGCUUGCUGAACUGGUCCCUGUAGUAUCGGGGAAACGGGGCAUAGUAUGCAGCAGCGUGCUCGCACAAUUCAAAGAAUUGGUAUCAAUGUUUGGAGGGACAAACGAGAAGUUAAGAGCCGAUAAAUUGCUGGAACGCCUCUUGGUUAUCCCUGACAGUCCAUCAGGGCGAAUGAUGAGCCUGCCAACGACGAGGAAGCUAGAUUUGAAGAGCAAGAUUGUGUUUGGGACUGGUGAUAGUUGGCGUGCUCCGACGUUAACGGCGAAUAUGGGGUUCGUUCGAGCUGUGUCUCAGACUGGAAUGUCCCUGUUCACCAUCCCGCAUAGGCCUAGGGCAUUAAUAGGUGAUUAGAAAUGUGGUUUGUUGCAGCUCUCUGUACAUAACUUGCAAAACGAGAAGUCCUGUUUUUUCAGUCUGAACUCUGAUUUGUUUCAUGUUAUUAUAUGAUUGUGCUUUUGAUUUGAUUCACGUUAGUCCAGUAGAUCAAAAGGCAGCGAUUAGUUAGGAAUUGGAAGUUGUUUGUUUACCCACCAAAUUUGUAGUCGGCAACUUAUAUUUGUUGUUUACUUACUAGCAUGAAUAACAGGAAACAGUGAAC